AUGCCAGGAGCUAUAUUAGAAAAUUUGAGUGGUCGGAAACUCAGUAUUCUUAUUAGUUUAUUGCUAAUCUGUCAAGUAGUAUGCUUUCUCAUUGGUGGCUUCAUUGCUCCUCCACCAUCUCAUGCUGAACGAAUGUUGGCCACUCAAUGCUUAGAUCAAGGCAAUAAUUCCAAGAAUUGGUUUUAUUCUCGAGGGAAAGGCAGCUGUGCUUUAUUCCGUGAAUAUGAUAAAACCAGUUUGGAUCAUAGAAUGCAAGCUAAUAACAUAGUAUUUGUUUUUCAAUUUCCUUUACCAAAAGACAACAUGACUCAUGAUUAUUCACGCUGGCAACAGAAUUUAAUUGGUGUGCUGGAACCAGAAAUUACUUAUCAACCUGAAGCAGAAAUGGAACAGAGAAUCACUUUAACUUUGAAUGUCAAACUUGGAUACAGAAAUAAAGGUGACUCGGAUGAUGCAUGGAAACCCCUGGCAGCAUCAUCUGAUGAGAAGCGUAUUUUAGAUUGCUCUAUCACACAUAAGAAACCUGGUUACUAUUACAAUUGCUCAGAUAUUCCUCUUCUUGAACUGGGUUCACUGCAUCAUGAUUUUUAUCUUUUGAAUAUCCGUUUACCAGUAGAUAAUGAUAAGCAAACCAAUCAAGGAUUAGGACAUGUUCAUGGACUAUGGCUUGUUGCUAUUCACCAAAAUGGUGGGUUUACAAAAGUGUGGGUUUCUUUAAAAACAGUUUUUUUCCCUAUAGUGGUUGCAAUUAUGAUAUGGUUCUGGCAAAGAGUUCAUCAGUUGUCACGAUCUCCAGCCUUACUCGAGUAUAUGUUACUCUUCCUGGGUGGAGCUUUAACUUUCCUUAAUGUUCCACUGGAGUACUUGACUCUUUAUGUGGAUAUGCCAUUUAUGGUCUUACUUGGUGAUAUUCGACAAGGAAUUUUCUAUGCUGUGCUACUUUCAUUUUGGCUAGUAUUUGCCGGAGAACAUUUAAUGAUACAAGAAUCUGCUGAACAGAGGACUCUUAAGUCAUAUUGGAAACAUUUAAGCGCAGUUGCGGUAGGUUGUUUUUCAUUGUUGGUAUUUGAUAUUUGUGAAAGAGGAUCACAGCUUGUAAAUCCUUUCUACUCUAUUUGGGUAACAGAACUAGGUACGAAUCUCGCCCUCUCGUUUAUUAUUUUGGCUGGUAUAUCAGCAGGAGUGUAUUUCAUUUUCUUAGUAUACAGAAUUUGGGAAGUGUUUUAUAACAUUAGUGCUAAACGUGCUGUUCUACCAAGUAUGUCCAGUGCUCGACGACUGCAUUAUCAAGGUGUUAUUUACCGUUUUAAAUUUUUGAUGCUAGCAACUGUACUAUGUGCAGCUAUGACUGUGGUAGGGUUUAUCCUUGGACAAGUCUCUGAGGGCCAUUGGAAAUGGGAUGAUGAUCAUGAAUUAGAAUUCACUUCUGCUUUUUUCACUGGUGUUUAUGGAAUGUGGAACAUUUAUAUAUUUGCACUAAUAGUUCUGUAUGCCCCAUCUCACAAACAAUGGCCAUCAGAAACUGAUGUCCGUGGCAAUUCCAGUGAGGAAAUUGAGUUUAGUCGUUUGGCUACUGAUCCAAGUGAAAUAUCAUCUCUCACAUCAUUUGCAAGAAAAACUGCAAUGGAUUGA